AUGACAUACGUGCAAUCCCUGGCAAGCCAAACCAAUGGGGUAGUGCAUCCUGAAACUCUUGACAUUGGACAUCGUCUGGGAAAUGUCGGAUCAACGUUCAAUAUUUCAAUACUCUGUACAACGUUCAACAUUCAACAUUCAUGCGCUCGAAUUCGACUUGAGCAAGACAUACUGCGCCUUCGUCCUUGUGUACAUAUCGGAACCGACAAGCCAAGAGCACCAGAGAGGAUUAUAAUACUGCAUGAUGAAGCAGGCGCCGUUCCUUCUUUCUCUUCUCUGGUUGUUUCAUCUUCGCCCUUUGAUCCCGAAACAUACUCUGAACCGCGAAGUGAUAAAAUGCGCUGGUAUUUGAUCAUUGUCAUCUCUGCCCUCUGCGAAAUUGCAACUUGUCAACAAAUUUGGGAUAUCUGGCAGACGACCUGGAAUAGAAGCAACCUCUUCAAGUCCUUGAAUCCACGACCACCUCUUCAAUUCGUCGUUUCGGGUACAAUUGGCGACGCGCAUAUUGUGGUGAACGAUAACGUUACGUAUCAAACUGUGAUCGGGUUCGGAGGGUCGCUCACGGACUCAUCUGCUCUGCUUCUCAAGAACUUGAAGACAAAAAGUGCUACGAACUAUCAGAGCCUCAUCAACUAUCUUUUCAACGCUACAGAAGGCGCAAACGCAGCUGGCCUUAGCUACGUCCGGAUACCCAUGGGGGCAUCUGAUUUUUCCGCCUCGCAAUAUUCAUAUGAUGACGUUGUUGGGGACACCUGCCUCAAGGAAGUAGAUGUCGGGGUCACUCCCUCCUACGUGUUUGAGUGCGACCCCGGUCUCAACCGCAAUCUAGCGUUGAAGUUGCAUGUGGUGCCUUGGUCUCCUCCUGGCUGGAUGAAAGCGAGCAAUACAAUGAAUGGUGGGACUCUCAAGCCAACCAUGGUCAAUCUUUAUGCUACUUAUCUUCUCAAGGCACUACAAUCACUAAAGCGCAACGGGGUUGAGGUUUACGCCAUAUCUAUCCAAAAUGAGCCGCAGUAUUCCAAUCCAACAUACCCAACGUCGACUCUGACGGCAGUUCAGGAGGCGAGGGUAGGAAGCCUUCUCAAGAGCCUUCUGAAAGCUAAUGGCUUUCCUAACGUGAAGCUCAUCGAAUGCUCUGGGGUGUAUGGGAAAGAUUGGUGGAACGAUGCCAAGUGGUUCAUGCAUAACGUUUUCAUGGGUUCAAUUGAGAACAACGCGAAGACUGCGCUCAUGUGGAACAUUGCUCUGGACACCUCGGGCAAUCCAAAAUACCCAGGGACGGCGAGUUGUGGAGGUCCAGGUUGUCGCGGUAUCGUCACAAUCAAGACGGAUGGGUCCUGGAUUGUCAAUCAAGAGUUCUAUUCCAUGGCGCAAAUGUCAAAAGCGACAAUCUCCCGCGAUAUCGAAGGCCCAUCGGGUAGGAGGAUUAAAGUUGAAGUCAGCGGUUCUGCUUCUUGGGCUCUACGUGUGGUCGGUUUCGUCACUGGUCGAAUAAAGGCCGCCGAGUGGCUUCGCUACUCUCUCGUGGUCAUGAAUUGGAAUGAUAGUGUGGGCGGAUGGAAUCCUACCCCGGUUAAGACCACCAUCUGGUUCCGUGGAAUGCAGGCGACGUACACCUUUCCUGUAGGCGUCUCGACCCUUUGGUGGUACGCGGUCCCAUUGAAUGUGUCUCUCAAUGGGUUCGAGGUAAUCGCCGUGUCCGAUGGUGCUCAGGUCAAGCUCGAGUUCGUUGAUCCAGCUGGUCCGCCCUUCAAUGCUGCAUAG